CCAACCCAAGGUCCUCCCCAAGUCUCAUUAACGCCGAUAAACAAAAAACACACUCUCAAGAGAGAGAGAGAGAGAAAAAGAGAGAUACACUUUUUUGCGUUUUGAUUUUGUUACGCUUUUCUUCUACUGUUGAACUCAACAUUUAAAUGUUGUUCCACAUUUAACCCUAACCGACUCAUUCUUCGUCUUCAUUUCUCGUAAUAAUUUUUGUCACAUUCGAUCUCACCGAUCUAUCUUCUCUAUCUCUAUUUCUCUUUCUUGUUAGGGUUAUUGCAUCUCGUUUAAUUGCUCCGAAUUAGGGUUUUCUUUCGGAUUUGGUUCGUGUCGUCUGAUUUCAAUUUGAGGAAUAGGGUUUCGGGGUUUUGCUUCCGCGAUGCCGCGUAGUUCGAAGCACAAAUCCAGCAAGCACAGUUCGAGAGACUAUUCAGACUCCGAGAGGGAUUCCGGCGCCAAAGAUCGGAGGAACAAGGAGGAGAGUUCCGUGAAGGCGUUGAAGGAUUCGAGUUCUGCUGAGAAGCGGAGAUUGGAUUCAAAGGACGUGCACGGGAACGGUGAGUAUUCCGAUGAAUACGGUUCGUCAUCGAAGCGGCGCAAGGAGGGCGGAGACAGGUGGAAUGGCGGCGAGGAAGGGUCGAAGAAAUCGAAGGUCAUUGGGGAUUCGAAGAGUAGUAAGAGGAGGGAUGGGAGCGUUGGAGUGUACGGUGAGGGUGAGGAGGUGAAGAGGAGUAGCGGGAAGCAUAGGGAUUCUUCGUCUUCUGGUCGGAAGGAGAACGUGGAGAAGGAAAAAGAGAAGGAGAAGGAAAAGGAAAGGAAGUUCAAAGAAGGAAGAAGCGAGGAAUCUGUCGAUGAACAAGAACAGCGCCCAUCCAAGCAAGUGUUUGAAAAUAAUGAAUCUAAAAAAGUAGACGAGUUGCGUAGCCUUGAACAAGAUGGCCAGCCUGAGAGGCGAAUGAGGAAGAAAAGGGAUGACUAUGGUGAUGGUGAUAAGCAACAAGAUGAUGUUGGAGAUGGUUAUGAUAGGCAUUUGUCUUCUAGGGAUGACAAUGCCAAGGAUGGGAAGAAGAAGGAUGAUAGGCGAAAAGAUGAGAAAUAUAGAGACAAAUAUAGGGAAGAAAUGGACAGGGAGAACAAACAUCGACAUGACAAACAGCGUGAUGAGCAUCCAGCAAAAGAUCAUACUGCCAUUAGGUCUGAUGAUAAACAUGUAAGGGAAGAAAAGAAUAAUUUAGAAUCACGGCAAAAGAGAAGUAAGCAUCCAGAGAGUGAUAGGGACCGUGACCGAGACCGUGAAUAUCGUGAUCGAGAUGGAGAACGAGAUCGUGAUUUUGAAUACGUUCGUGAUCGUGAGCGUCGCCAUGAACGUGAUCAUGAUUAUGAUUUUGACAGAGAUCAUGAUUAUGAUAGAGAUCGAGAUUGGGACUGGGAUCGUGAUCGAGAUUUUGAUCGUGAACGAGGCAGAGACCGUGAUCGUCAUCGUGAUCGUGAUGGGUCACAUGGGGAUGAUAGAAGUGCAAGAGGCAAAGAUAGUGGGACGAAAAAAAGAACUUUGGAUGAUCGCGAUGAUUACAAUGAUUCUAAAUCUAGAUCUGUUAAAAGCUACUAUCCUGAGACUGAGAAGAGGAGUUUGACCAGCAACAGGGUGGAUUCUGAUAUUGACAGGGGAAGAUCUCUACCUCGACAAGUUCAUGCAGAUUCAACUGGGACUAGCAGUAAACACAGAUCCUCUCCUGCGUCAAAUGCACAUAUUGGCAAAGAUGAAUAUAGAAAUGCAAAUGCUGAAGAUACAAAGUAUAGAGACUCAACUACAGAACAGAGAACCAAAGCCUCAAGAGAGGGUUACUCCGCGAUUUCAGAUAGAGGUCCUAGAUACAAACUAAUGGAGAAACCUAUUAAAGUAGACGAAUCUGUAGGAGACUUGGCAACUGAAAGGUCUUCUAGUGCUAAGGCUUCACCCAUGGGCCUGAUAGAAAGAUCUCCUUCAUCAACAAGCAUUGAACGCAGAUAUAUGAAUAAAAGUGUUGUUAAGCGGAAUCUUGAAAUUGAUGAAAGUGGAAGAAGGAACAAUACUGAUGCAAGAGAUGUCUCUUCUUCUGACGAUAGACUAGGCCGGGAGUCGAUUCAUGAGAAACCACUAUUGGACGAGCCUUCUCAAGCAGAUUCAUCUUUCUAUGGCAGAACUAAUCAGAACAAUCCAUCUGUAAUUCCUCCCCAAUCUGGUUUCAGGGCUGCACUAGACAGGCCUUAUAUGGGUUCUCUAGAGGAUGAUGUUAGAGAUAACUCUAAUACCCGAUACAGGAGAAGUAGUGAACCUGGCUUUGGGAGAGUGCAUGGUGGUAAUUCCUGGAGAGCAAUUCCAAACUGGCCUUCACCUGUACCAAAUGGAUUUGUUCCCUUCCCACCUGGGCCAGCUCAUGGAGGCUUUCAAACAAUGAUGCCACAGUUUUCAUCUCAACCUCUCUUUGGUGUUAGGCCUCCAAUGGAUGUUAACCAUGCUGGUAUUCCUUACCAUAUUGCUGACCCCGACAGGUUUCCAGGUCACUUGCGCCCACUUGGGUGGCCAAAUUUGAUGGAUGGUACCGGACCUGCUCAUAUGCAUGGAUGGGAUGGCAAUAAUGGGGUUUUCAGAGAUGAUCCUCAUAUGUAUGGUGGUUCUGAAUGGGAUAGAAACAGGCACCCAACAAAUAGUCAUGGAUGGGAAUCUGGUUCAGAGAGUUGGAAAGAACAGAAUUGUGAUUCAAAGAAAGACUUGCCUUCCCCAGCCUGCAAAGAUGAAUCAGCUCCUGCCCUAGUUGAGAAUGGUUUGCCUGAUCAGACGUCUCAGGAUGAAAACAACCACGCCGAAUCUCACGAGAAGUCUCCUGAAACAAAGGGUUCCAGUGUCAGUUCUCCAGGAAAAGUACCUUUGAACUCUUUGCCCACAACUGUUUUGGAAAAGCCUGUUACUUUUACACCCGAAGACAACACUUCUCUUUUUACCCGUUUCUACCUUUCCAAACUUGACAUUUCAACAGACUUAGUACUUCCAGAGUUGUAUGACCAGUGUGUAUGUGCUCUUAAUGUUGGCAAGAAAGCAUCCGAUGAUGUUGUUGCUAGUACAGAAUUAUCCUUGAAGAAUGGUUCGAGGGCACCACUGAAAUACGCCGCCACUUUAUCAAGACAUUCACCUUUUCCAGUAGUUGAUAAUUCUAUCUUCCAGAGAGCUAUUGAUCUUUACAAGAAGCAACGGGUGAAACUGCCUAAUAAGGGGGAUGUAGAUGUAUUUGCAGCAUCCAACCAUAUGCAAGUGGAUGAGUCAGUUCCUAUUCCCAGUUCAGAGAAAAGACAUGUUUCUGGCUCAGCUUCUGAUGCAACAAAAGAUGUGGUAACACAAGCUCUAUCUCCUGCAAAGGGGCAUCUGGAAAAGAUCAAUCAGACCUGCAGUCAAAUGGAGCAAGAUAAUGAUUCUACCCAUACUUUGAAGAUACCAUCUAGUCCAUCUCCUGAUCCUGAGAAUCAAGAAACAACUGUUGCAGAUUUGCCAAUGGAAGAUGACAAAGUCACUUCUGAUAUGCCGAGUUCAGGGGAUGCAGAGGACAAUCUCUCCAUUGUAACAAAAAGUGAAGCACUAUUGGCCCCCAAUUCACCUGAAGAGUGUGAUAACAUGAAUAUCGAUGCCACAGUUACGGGUUUUACCCAGCACGCAGAUGAAAAGCUGGGUUUUGGUGACACAAAUGGUAAUCCCUUAAUUUUUGAGGAUGGGUCUCCCAAAGCAUGUGAUGCUUUGAUGCCUGGUUCAAAUGAGUCUGAGUCACUUAUUUUAAGCCGGAUACAUCAUUCCCCUGAAAGUACACAUUGAGACAAUUUCUAUAUCUAUGCUUUUUAUCCAUCAGGUUUUUCAAUUUCUUCACCCCUUUUUGUUGCUUCAUUUUGAGCGAGGAAAUAAAAUGAAAUGGCAUCGUAUUUGCCUAGAAAUGCGCUUUUCAGAAUUUCCAUGCAUGUUUUUCCUAACCUUUCAUUCCUCCUAUUUUAGCAUAUGUUUGUGCAUGAGCAUGUCAUGGCAGUAAGUUUAUCUCGUCUAAGUUGCACUCCGUUCUGCACGAAUGGAAUAGGCUUCAUACCGCUUGUAAAUUCAGUUUAUUUAAAUCAAAACUUCAAAUAUAUUUAAA